UUAUUAAUGAAAAAACGUCUUCUGAACUAGUCUUAACCAAGUCUAAGCUACUGCUUGUUAGUUCCAUCGAGCCAGAAGUUUGUCUUUAGGUAGUAAGAUGUCUGGGAACUCCUGAACCGUGAGUACGUGCCAUGUGCUGCGCCAAGCCUUAUCUGCACUACCAAUUCUCUCCCUCUCUCGUUUUACGUUUGGUGUCUUUUUAACCUGAAAGAAUUUCUGACAUCGCUAUGGCUAGCAGUGAUGUCGAUAGUUGCUGCGGUCUCCCUGACUGUGGUGUCCGCAGGAGCGAGGACUCUUGCCGCAACAGUGACUCUCGUGCGGCGGUCCCGACCCCGAGUAUAGAAGAAACCAAUCAGCCAUGCUCCUGUUGUUCCGGUGGCAACAGUCUUGAAAUUGAUGAUACGCCGGCAGUCCAAAGCAGAGUCGAUUGCGCUGCAAACGCGGCCGAGUCGAAGCAGCAAGUUUUCAUUCGUGAGGUUUGAUAGAUGUG